AUGCUGUCUCGCCUUAUCAAACCUUCGGUGCUGAAGCCUACUACGGCUUUUGGUGGAGCCUCCAGGACUGGAGCACAAGCUCGCUCCUUAGCCACGGUUCACAAUAACAGCGCCCGUCGCGCGCCAUCCACAAGGCCUCGGUCUACUCCGGUCUCCCAGGAACGGGCUACCUUCACGAUCAAGGAUGGACCAAUCUUCCAUGGCAAGUCCUUCGGCGCUAAGAGAAAUGUCUCCGGAGAAGCGGUCUUCACGACUUCUCUGGUCGGCUACCCCGAGUCCAUGACGGAUCCUUCCUACCGUGGCCAGAUCCUUGUCUUCACCCAGCCUCUGAUCGGCAACUAUGGUGUCCCCUCAUCCGCUCGGGACGAGCAUGGCCUUCUCCGAUAUUUCGAGUCUCCGAACAUCCAAGCCUCCGGUAUCGUUGUGCAGGAUGCUGCUCUUCAGCACAGCCAUUGGACUGCUGUAGAGGGUCUCGGCGAGUGGUGUGCGAGGGAAGGCGUUGCUGCGAUUUCUGGUGUCGACACCCGACAGAUUGUUACCUAUCUGCGAGAGCAGGGUUCUUCGCUCGCUCGUCUCACCAUCGGCGAAGAGUAUGACGCUGACGAAGACGAGGCCUACAUCGACCCCGAAGGGAUCAACCUCGUCCGCCGCGUGAGCACCAAAGCGCCCUUCCAUGUCAGCUCCUCACUCGGAGAUCUCCACGUCGCGCUCAUCGACUGCGGUGUGAAAGAGAACAUCCUCCGCAGUCUCGUCUCCCGCGGCGCCAGCGUGACCUCGUUCCCCUUCGACUACCCGAUCCACAAAGUCGCCCACCACUUCGACGGCGUCUUCAUUUCAAACGGUCCGGGCGACCCAACCCACUGCCAAUCGACAGUCUACCACUUGCGCAAGCUCAUGGAGUCCUCGCAGGUCCCCGUUAUGGGCAUCUGCAUGGGCCACCAGCUGCUGGCACUCGCUGCCGGCGGCCGCACCGUGAAGCUCAAGUACGGCAACCGCGCGCAUAACAUCCCUGCGCUGGAUCUCACGACGGGGCGGUGCCACAUCACGAGCCAGAACCACGGAUACGCCGUCGACGCUACCUCGCUGCCGUCGGACUGGAAGGAGUAUUUCGUCAACCUGAACGAUUCGUCGAAUGAGGGCAUGAUCCACAAGUCUCGGCCCAUAUUCAGCGCGCAGUUCCAUCCUGAGGCCAAAGGCGGCCCGCUUGACUCGGCGUACCUCUUCGACGCGUACAUUGAGAACGUGAAGAAGUACAAGAACAGCCAGGCGGUGUUUUCGCCGCAGAAGGAUAACAAGCCGAGCCCGCUGCUAGUGGAUCUGUUGAGCAAGGAGCGCGUGGGUGUGCAUCCGGGGCUGCCGGAUUUCAGGCCGGGACAAGGAGGCGAGGGGCAGACGGCGGUGGGGGGAAUGCCUGCUGCUGCAGCUGCUGCGUGA